AUGGGUUGUAAAUUAUUAUGUUUAUUGGUAACGAUAGCAGCAUCGUCAGGUGUUGUUUUAUCAGUUGACCAAGAUUUAUGUCUGCCCAGAAAUGCUAAUGGUGGAACUGAAAUUUUUAGAAAUGGUUUGCGAGAAGACAGUGAAGUUGGAUAUGUGGUCACUUAUGUUGAUUUACCGGGAACAGAAGAACAACUUGAUCUUAGACAAGACCAAAACGAAUAUUUUCAGUUUAAUACCUCAUCCCGAAAUGUUGUGAUUAAAAAAUCUUUGGAUUUUGAAAAAUUGACAUCACAAUUGGUAGAUUUUCAAAUCUUUUGUAAAGAUCGAAUUUCUAACUCUAGGGAGACAGAAAUAACAGUAAAAGCAAUUAUUGAAGAUGUAAAUGAUAAUAAACCAAAGUUUGAUAAAGAUGUAUAUUAUCUGAAUGUCUCAGAGGAUACCAAUAUUGACGGGUUUAUUACCACCUAUAUAAAAGCUGAAGAUUUAGAUGCUGGUAACAAUGGUCGAGUACUUUAUUCUAUUCAAUCUGGACCAUAUUCAGAUUAUUUUGACAUUGAAGAUAAAGUCAAUUCAGUAUUGAAGUUAAAAAAGAAGCUAGAUUUCGAAACGAACCGAGAAAUGAGCAUAACUAUAUUGGCAAAGGAUGCUCCCAUUGACGAACCUGUCCUAAGCUCCACAGCUGAGUUGGUUAUAACUGUUCUGGAUGCUGAUGAUCAACCGCCAGUUUUCAGAGAGAGAAAGUACACGGGAUCUGUUAAUCAGAAUUCACCACAGGGAACAUCGGUCACAAUCACUCAGAAAAUAGAAGCCUAUGAUCCCGAUAUAUCGUUUAAUAGUUCAGUUAGAUAUUAUUUAAUUGAUCCAGACAAUAUCUUCACUAUUAAUGCUGAUACUUCCGAGGUUACGGUUUUACAACCACCAACUUCUGGAAAGUAUACUGCCAUAAUUGAGGCAAUACAAGUUGACAAUGAGCUAAUGAAAGGAACAGCCUUGUUAGAAAUAGUAGUAUUGGGUACAGAUAAAAAUCCUCCAGUAUUUGAAAGAGAGAACUAUUAUUUGUCAGUACCAGAAUCCACCCCAGUUGCUACUACAAUACUCACUGUAUCAGCUGACGACCAGGACUUUGGUGAUACUAUAACAUACAGUGGAAUAACAGUUCAAACUGUGUUUCUUGUUGACUCUAAACACGGGGAUAUAACAGUUAAUGAACCUUUAGAUUUCGAGAACCAAAGAGAGUUUAACAUUGUGAUAACAGCGACGGAUGGUACAUUUACUGCCACUACGACUGUCCAGAUAAAGGUAACUGAUGUAAAUGAUAACAACCCCAUAGUAACAGAGAAACAGAUCACAGUUGAAGCAGCGAGAAAACCAGGAACUAUUCUUACUAAACUAGAGGCGUAUGAUAAGGAUGAAAACAGCAAAUUGAAAUAUGAAUUGCUGAGCCACACUGACCUCUUCACAGUUAGUGAUGAAGGGGUAGUCUCGAUUACUGGAUUACAAGAUGAAUUGAAAGACAGUCGAUACGACUUGGUGAUCGAGAUAUCCGACAACGGAGAGACUCCAAGAAAGGUUUCCACAGUUGUGACAGUGGUGUUUGAUCCACUUCCGGUUUCUGGAGCUGUUGUCAUGGCGAAUCAAGAUGAUACUCUGGCUAUUGUGUUUGGUGUUCUAGCCGCUGUGAUGUUGAUUAUCAUUAUUUUGUUGGUGUUAUAUAUCGUAAGAAGGCGACAACAAAGCAAUGAAAAUCUCAAUCAAUCAAAGCUGAAUAGAGCUUCUAUGGAUCCUAAAGGUCUGAAAUUCCAAUCAAAACAAUCGACCAACCGCGGACCCAGUAAGGUACACAUGAGCCAUGCUGGAAAUAUUGAUGAAACAUCAGAUGGUGCGACAACAAUUCAGGAAAAUCCUUUUAAUGACGAUCAUAUAAAUAUAAAUUAUGGUUACGUUCACAGUGAUUCGGAGACGGAUAGAGAAAUGGAUGAAAUUCAGAUCGAAGCAGCAGUGAUACCCUACGAUGCUUACAACCAUAAUGGUGAGGUGUACACAGAUGUUGGUGGUCCGGAUGUACAUGUUUAUCAAACUAUGAGCACUUUUAAAGACAAUAGUAGUAAUGAAAGUAUCAAUAGUGAAUCAACCAAUAGUAAGAAAGCUCUAGUAGGAGGCGGGGCUAACAAACGUCCAGCAAUGCAAUCAAUGCCUUGGGAUAGCAAUGGUCAAAUCCCUUCCUCCAUGCAAAGUUUUGAUCCCGAUACGGCAGUGACACCUGUUGACGAGAAACCGGAAAUAACUGUAUACUUUUAA